AUGUUUGACAAGAAAAUCGAUGGUGAUACCAUUCGUUUGGGUACCGUUGGUCCAAUGUUCGCAGGAAGAAAACAAUUCAAAGUGACUCCACCCGAAGGUAUUUUCAACAGGACCUCUCCAUGUAGAUUAUUUGCGUUUUUCCGUUCAGCUGAUUCAGGACAAGUAGAAUCCAAAUUCAUUGAUUGUUUGACCCAAACAAAGAUGAACAAGGACAGGUGGCGAUCAGAAAAACAAGUUUUUCAAGUGUUGGGAACACGCACAGAGGUGAGAUUUAUGAUUGAGAAUGAUAACAAGUGUUUUGUAAGCAAUCGUAAAUAUCUUGUUCGUCCGACGUGGGCCUCUUUGAACGAUAAGGACUAUACCGAAUGUUUAGAUGUAGACAACCCAACAAGAACAUUGCAAGCAAUGUUUUUCAAAGAGCAGCUGAAUGGUGACCUCAAGCAGAACGAGGAACCAAACCCUUCUUCAGCCAGCAAUAGCCAACCACAAACAGAAUUGGUAUCCAAUUUGAUAGCAGAGGGUCCUUCAUUCGAUGAGUCUCCAGAUAUCUCCUUUUUCAAGUGUAAUGAAGAGUUGCAAUCCCCAGUUGCCAGCCCUUCGUUUUCUACAGAUGGUGAGAUGCCAGCCAUGACGCAAAGUUCGUGUUGCCUGUUUCAUCCUUACCCCAUGCUAACACCCUGUCUCUCAUUGAACCCUAACCAUUAUAACAAUCCUGUACAACCAUUCAAUCCUAAUCAAGAAUUAAUUCUGUGUGUUUUAGAUUUGGAACAGAGAUUGCAAAUGCUUAAAACCAUGCUUUUUAGCAUGUUCUUCAUUCCCAAUCCCUGA